GUGUCUCAGUUACACAGCUCUCCUGACAGCAAACGGUGGCAAGAGGCUGCUACGGAGACAGGCCAUGCGCUCUCACUCGUGACAGGACCACUCGCCCUCCCGUCGGGGCCCGUCGGCACCCCCCCGGUUGUCUUUGUCACCGGCAGCGGGGCCAACAUGUGCCUAUGACCAUGGAGAUGAAGGACUCGGGCAGCGUGGUCCUGACAGCUUACCAUCCCCACAGCCCGGCCAGGAUCCCGGGCAUGGAGCAGAGCUUUGUGCAGGACAUCCCCCCCAGCCAUUCGCCCACCAGCAGAAAGUCUCUCCCUCGUUGUCGAAGAAUUAACAGGAUGCUUUCCAAUGAGUCGGCACCUCCUCCUGCAUUUAGUCGCUCCAACUCACAGGCCUCUAUGGACAGCACUUCCAUGGAGGACUUCUGGUGUGAAGUGGAGAGCAUCAAGGAGAGCAGUGAAGAUGGAUCAGAAGAAGCAACACUCUUGGAGUUCAAACCUGCUGAUGAAGGGGAGCUGGAGGCAGAAUGGCUGCAAGACGUAGGUUUAUCUACGUUGAUCUCUGGAGCUGAAGAGGAGGACGGCCAAGCCCUGCUGUCCACUCUGACCCGAACUCAAGCUGCUGCCGUACAGAAGAGGUACAACACCUACACUCAGACCCUGAGGAAGAAGAACAAGCACACAGUCCGGGAUGUGCGAGACAUCUUUGGCACCAGUGACUCUUCUCCCACAUUUGAGACAGUUCCAGUGUCACCAGUUCCUUCUAAUGGCAUCCAGCUUCCUGGGCAGAAGCCAGUUUGGAAAUCAGUUAGCUCUAAUAGCUGUCUAGACUGCGGACUAGAUAAAGGCAGCCCAUCCGUAACAGAAGAGCUCUCCUAUGAGGUCUCUUUCUCAGAAUCCAUUACGGUCCUUCCAAAAACCCAAGAAUGGCCAAAAAACCAGAGGUUCAAAAAGGAAGACUCUGCUUUGCCUAAAUUCAUUGUUCGGAAAAGCCGUUUUGGACUGACAGAGGUUGGAGACCUGUCUCCUGAAGACAUGAAGAAGAUCCGCUACCUCUCCCUGAUUGAGCUAACAGCCUUCUACGAUGCACUGGGGGUGGAGCUGAAGAGGAACCGCGUGGAAAGAGUGCGAGGACGAGAAAAUGGUUUGUUUGGAGUCCCUCUCACCAUACUGCUGGAGAAUGAUCAAAAGAAGGUUCCUGGAAUAAAAGUACCCCUCAUUUUCCAAAAAUUGCUGCUCAAGCUUGAGGAAACAGGUUUGGAAACUGAAGGAAUUCUACGAGUGCCUGGAUCUGCCUCCAGAGUCAAGAAUCUCCAUCAAGAACUAGAGGCAAAAUUUUAUGAAGACACUUUUGACUGGGACCAAGUACGAAAUAAUGAUGCAGCAGGACUGCUGAAAAUGUUUAUAAGAGAACUCCCAAGUCCGCUUUUCACAGUAGAAUAUCUGCCUGCUUUCAUCACGCUAGUAGAAAAAAUUUCCAAGAUCAGGUUACAGCUACAAGCUUUGCACCUGUUGAUCAUGCUGCUGCCUGAAGCCAACAGAGACACAGCCAAGGCCUUUCUUCAGUUCCUGAAGAAGGUGGUUGCUAAUGAAGGGAAAAAUAAAAUGAAUUUGUGGAAUGUUUCUAUGAUUGUUGCACCAAACCUCUUCAUCUACAAAGGGAAACGUGCAAACCAACAAGAAAUGCAAGCAGCAGCCACCACAGCGCACAUCGUGCGGCUUUUAAUUCGGUACCAGGACAUCCUGUGGACAGUCCCAUCCUUCCUGAUUUCCCAAGUGAGAAAAAUGAACGAGGCAGCAAUGAACAACAGCAAGAGGCAGCUGAUGUUUGACAAAGGAGUGAGAAAACUUCUGAGGAGAAAGACCAUGGAACGGGAGAGACCUGAAAGACCAGAGGGAGCUGUCACUUUUCCCCCAUACCUGCAGUCUGACAUACCCGAGGGGGUGAUAAGAGUUUAUGCUCCACUGCAUUCAAAAGUCUCUAUGGCAAUUCAACUCAACAGCCAAACAAAAGCCAAAGACAUCCUGGCUCGAUUCCACUGUGAAAACAGCCACGGAUCAUCACAGAAAAUGAGAAGCCAGAUCCAAAGUUUACAUGAAAUUGGAGGAAAUAUAGGUCAGCACUGUUUGGAUCCGGAUGCAUACAUGUUAGAUGUUUACCGUGCAAAUCCUCAGGCAGAAUGGGUGAUAAAACCAAAAGCAAGCUGAAGCAGAAAGGCUGUGGCGUACUGGACAACAGCAAAAUGGACAACAGUGAUGCCCGUCAUUUUAAGAAGCUCUUGGCAGAGAUGAAACAAAAUGGUAGUUACAGGAUAUCAUUCCUUCCUACUGUCCUGUCCAAUUGAUGGUCGCCAUGCACUACUUUUGGUAUAAACAUUAUCACUCCAGCUUCUGGACCAUCUGAGAAUAUCACAUCAGUUAUGCUUUCAUAUGGGUUACACUUGUGCCAAUUGGCCCAGGAGUUACAGAGGACAGACCAAGGUACGGUGCACAGAAAACAACCUGUCGCACAAGGAGUUGCUUGUUUCCUGACCUGGUGUUAGAACAUGAAUUUUUGGGAAGAAUCUAGUGGGAUUCACGGAUGCAUAAAACACUACCGACCACAACAUGACACAGAAGCAUCACAGAGACAUUCAAGAAAAGCAUAUGUGAAGCAUGGAAGAGAGGAGCUUGACCUGCAGCCGUGCCAAGACGUAGCUGUGUGACAAAAUCACACCUUUCUGCUGAAAGUAAACCUGUACAGCGUGCAUUACUGCAAUAUUUAUGUCUCUCAGUCACUCCUCACAAGUACCUGAUGCUGGGGGAGCGAGGGAGGCAGAGAAAGAACUACUCUAUAGACAGCUAUACUGCUUUAUGUAUGUACCACCAUAUAUAAUACUACCAGACUUUCAAAAUUGUCUGUCUGGAUCACAUUACUGUGUGCAAUUGUAGUGCCACAAACCAUUUUCUCCUUCCUUCCCCUGUCACACACACAAGCUUUGGGAGACAAAUGCUCAGAGGGAAGGGGCAUAUUCCCCUGGCUCCAUCUUUCACUUGAUACACUCAGAUUUAAGUCUGUGUAAUGCCAUAAUACAAAAUACAUGUUAAUGGUGCCACUUACAGCCAUCACCUUUUUUUGUUAAACAUUAUAGUUUCUCUAUUUGUAACCUAAUUCUUUUUCUUUUGUUUAUUUUAGCUUUAAUAUGUAAGCAACUUUUAUAUUAUUCAGCUGCAUUGAGGAGAGAGAUCUUUGUCCAGAUCUUGUAUAGUACAGCAUGGAGAAGAAAAAGAGCAUCCAAUGAGCAGAGGGAUUUAAUACUCUUAUUUAACAUUUACACAUUAGGGCCUUAAAACCAUAGCCAAACUAGGCCCAGAUGUGCUGGAGGUUUUACAAAUACGUAGCAAAGUACAGCUCCUUUUACAGAUAGCAUGCCGUCUAUGAAAACACCGAGGCUGACAAGAGAACAGUGGGCUGCAACUGCAUUGGGAAUGCAGCAGAGCAGAUGUCAGACAGUAUGUCUAGUUUGCAGCCAGUCACAAGGGCAAGCACCAUUCUUCACCUAAUCCUUUGGUUUUGGGCUGUACUUUAUAGAACUAAAGCAUGCUUGUUUAGUAGGCAAAUCACAAGUCUCUGGCAAACAAGAAGUAUUUGUUUCAUCUUUGUCUUAUGCAAAAAAUGGGAACUAAUGCCUUCCAACUGCACUGCAAUGUCUCCAUCAUUGGAUGACAAUAUUGCACAAUGAAUUCACCCACAAUCUGUGAGUUUUGUUCCUCAUCUGGACACACAGAUGAGGCAGAAGCUGGUGCUUUCUUUGCCAGGUAGCGAUGUAAAAGCAUUCUGAACCAAGUCCUCCAGGUGAACAUAAAGAACGUUGUCCUACAGAGAAACCUGUAACUUGUGGUGCUCCGCUGAAGCUGUACAAUGAAGAUUUUCACAUUCUAGAAACCCUACUUCUUGGUUCAAAGUUACUCAUGUUCUGCAGUAGUUAAUUUUCAUUGCUAGUGUUCGGUGAAGGAAAUCAACAUUGAAUCAGUAAUCUUACCAGCAACAAUAAUGUCUGCAGAGGGCAGAUCCCGUCUGUCUUUCGUACCUUCUUGAGAUAAAAAAAUGAUAAAAUUUAGCAAUAUUAUUCUUUCAUUUUCUUCAAAACAUUUUUAACUUUCCAAUUUUUAUUUUUUUUUUUUUAAUAAACACUAAUGGAUGCACAGUUGCAUCCAGGUUAAGACCAGGACAGUUUUAUUAUAAAAUACGCUGCUUAUUUUGACAACUAUUUAUUUUAAGUAUAUGAGAGAUAGUAGAUCUGUGGUUUGUUCAUGGGACUAAGCAUAAACGUUUUGUCAAGUGCUUUGUUCCCAAUUCCUUUUAGUUCCCUCUGUAGCAAUGGACAACUCUUUCUACUGUGCUGCCCUUUUCUUUUAGCUGUAAAACAGGACGAGUGCUUUCCUUAUAAAGGUAACAUGAGAAUUAGUUGAGUUAAAUUCUGCGCUCAGAUGCGGCCAAUUUCCUGAACAGAACAGCAGUUAUGAACAUCCAUCUAGGAAGGACAAACUCAGCAAAGGGAUUUUAUGUGGAAAGUGCUUUGAAUACGAAGAACAUCAUAUAAAUGCUAAGCAUCGUUAUAUUUAUAGCCAAGGAAAGAGCUUUUAUGACUAUGCAGAAAGCCUAAACAUUAACUAAAGAAUCUGAAAUGUUGUAGCAAAUGAGAGAACUCUUCCUACAGUACUUCCAGACAAACACAAUGAUCUCCUCCAUCUUGCAUGCUCAGUUCACCCUCUGUUCUCAAUGGCCAUGCAAGGGAAAGGACGCAGCACUCAUGCUCACACUGUAACUUGCUCAGCACGUUCUGGACCCUGAAGUGAGAACUUCAUCAAACUAUUUCUGAAACAGAUCUCUCUGUUUCCGUACAGGAUAGAAGGGGGUUUUGGAAGACUUUCACCUUUUACUACUUUGCAACUUAGGAAAGCCAAAUCUGAUGUAACGAAAUCCAUCCUGUGAACACUUGUUUUACACUAAAAUUGCCUAGAACUUUAUAAGACAUGCAUAUUGACAGAUGAACCAAAUUCUGCUUACAGUGCCCAGACUACUACAGCAUAGCCAAAUACUUGCUGUCUCUGAAACAGAAUGACAAAAGUCUUUUUGGAUACAAAUGGACCUAAUGACCCAUGGGUACUCUGGUUAAUACUGUUAGACAUUAAGUUGUUUUGUGUUGUUGUGGUACACUAACUUGAUUUAAUAUACAGCAAACUGAACAAUCUAACAUUUUUGAAUCCAAGGUCUCAGCUUUAGGCCUUGUUUCACAAUGCUGGUGGAGGCACUUGGGAUUUUGUUCCUCCUAACAGCAGCUGAAGUCAAAACAAAGUUACGAUGGGAUCGUCUCCUAACAGAAAGCAACCUAUGUGGAAAGCUAUUAAUAAGAAAGUGGUAGCAAGCAGGGAGAAACUCAUUCAGCAAACUCCAAAGACGCCUCAAGCAUUUAUGUACUCCAUGGUUCUACAAAGACAGCAUUUUGCAUAUAAACACAGAGAGAGAGAGAGUGUAUUGCAAGAAGUAGGGAUUGGAAACAGACUGGAAUGUUCUAACCUGUUCAUGCAGCUAAUGUCAUUAGAAUGUGUGAGUGUGUGUGCAAAUGUGUCAGUGUCUGUGUACAAUAUUAACUACCUCACUCUGCAUUUUCCAGGAAAAAUAUUUUGGCUUAGAGGUUUAGUAUUCCAAAGCCUUCCAUUAUUAAUUUCGCCUCGCCACUAGUCUUUUACAUUGAUAACAUGUUUCUCCUCCUAAGGGGCAAGAUUUGGAAUUUAUCAAAAAAUAUAUAUUAAAAGAUAUAUUUCAGGAUAUGGAUGAAAUUUUAUCCAAACCGUGUUGCCUCAAUUACUGCUUGUAAUGUGAACCUUAUGAGAUCAGAUCUUGGGAUUAAUAGCUAACAAAUACAAACAUACUGUAUUUCAGUUUUUAUUUUUCAAUGGCUUUCCAUUAAUGUGUGUCUUCUCUGGAAAAUAAUACGAUGCCACUAAUCAAAGCAAAAUGUUUGUAUGUACGUUUCCCUUACAAUCCUCAUUAUGUUAUGUGUUUUGUUGAAGUAAGCCCACACGUAAGCAUAUCUGUACAGCAGAAUGUGUCCAUUGUAUUGUAUCCAUGUCAAAAAUAAACACAAUACCAACAAAGCAAGCUCUUCAAAUCUAAACACGUGAUUUUGAGAGAGAAGCAGGUGACAGAGAUUGCAAAAAGCAGUGGUGAAUCUGUCUUAAAAGCAACUCUGUUGUUAUAGCACCUGAACAGCUCGCUACACAAAGGACCACAUUCUGCCAUCCUUGCUCGAGCGGAGCAGUUCUUUGCUCCAGGAGCUCUUCUCUUGGAUUACCUCUAUGCAAGGUACAAAAUGACACUGCUUGGAAUCCCACCUCCUUGAAAUCAAUGACAAACUGCUUUGGGGUUUCAGUUGAGCCAGUAUUUUUUAAACUAGUAUGAAACACAGAAAGGAAAACUGACUUUAGAAAGAAUUGGACAAAUGUAUAGUAAAAGCCCAACGAAAUUGUAAGGAGCAAACAAAAAUACUGCUAGUUCAAGGACAGAAAAGGAGAUGGACGUGACUUGUAAAGAACUAUGUUUAUUAUAGAUGCAUCUUCAAGCACGAGAUGUGUUUGUCACUGCUCAAUGAUCCGGCCAGUUGGUGAAUGGAUGUCCUUGAGUCAGAUUGAGCGCGCGUCCCCCAAACCUGGCUCAAGCACAACUACUGGAAGACUCCUUUUAGAAACAGAGGCGGGCACAGUAGGAAAAGGUAAAGACAGAAACUGGUGACUGGGCUGUGAAUUAGGAAUUGCAGAGCAUCAAAGGUUCUUCCCUGUGUCCUGCAAGAAACACUGUUUUCCCAAGAAAGCUGCAUUAGUUCUCAUUCCCAAAUUACAUAGCUGUUCCCAAGCCAGACCCAAAUUGUUUCUUCACUAACACACCAUUUCAUAUGUGUCUCCGUGCUGCGGAGUUGCUGCUUGUCCUGCAGCUGAUUAUAUGAAAGCAUAAACAGGAACAUAACCCUCCUAGAUAAUGUGGCUAUAAUGGGGGUCAGAAGCACUGGAUAUUAAGGCAGAAGGAAGAGGUAUUGGAGCUACCAUAGAAAAUAUAAAUAGGAAAUUUCUAUUCAUUAAACUCAGAAUCUGAGACCUUUGCAAUUAUGCCUUUAGUCU